GCCUGUGCUGGGGCUUGUUGUGUAUUUGUCCGCCACGGCCUCCCUUGCUUAGCCCUGGCUGGGAAGUAGCCUAAUGAGGCGGGGAGGGAAUGGUGUAGCAGGCAAGCAGCGUUAAUACCUCCCUAGGGGAAUGUGAACCGUAAGGACUGAUAUCACUAACAAGACGCCGUAUCUGCGUGUUUUGACAUUUUACCUGGUUUCUCAUGGAAGCAGAUGGAUUUGUGAGGAGGCGACGGAUGACAGCGGAGACUACAGGCAAUGAUCCCGGGGUUGCUGGUGCAUCUGCCGGGGCAGAAGUUCGAUGGCUGGGGGGCAGAUUCUGGGGAGUUUCGGAAACUAUCGUGGGGAGCCUGUCACCCCGGAUCGGAGGGGAAACGGAGCUGCAGGCUGUUGAUUUUAACCGUAGUGCACAAGAUGCUCAAACAGAGGACUCUGAACCAGACUAUGAGGGAUUGCCACAGGGAGCCUCCACUAGCACCCACAUGUGGGCUGGAGCCGUGGCCGGGAUCAUGGAGCACUGCCUCAUGUUCCCCAUCGACUGUGUCAAGACACGCAUGCAGUCACUCCAGCCCGCCCCUGCAGCCCGCUACAGGAAUGUGAUGGAUGCUCUCCGCCGAAUUAUAGCCACAGAGGGAGUCUGGCGGCCAAUGAGAGGGCUGAAUGCAACAGCAGUUGGGGCGGGACCUGCCCAUGCCCUCUAUUUUGCCAGCUAUGAGAAACUCAAAAAGACUCUAAGCGAUGCCAUUCACCCAGGGGCUAACAGUCAUUUGGCUAAUGGAACAGCUGGGUGUGUGGCAACACUGCUUCACGAUGCAAUCAUGAACCCGACCGAAGUUGUGAAGCAGCGCAUGCAGAUGUAUAACUCGCCUUACCGCGGCGUGAUGGACUGUGUACGCGCCGUGUGGUAUAAAGAAGGCCCUGGUGCGUUCUACCGCAGCUACACCACCCAGCUCACCAUGAACGUGCCCUUCCAGGCACUCCACUUCAUGACCUAUGAGUACCUUCAGGAGCUGCUCAACCCUCACAGACAGUACAAUCCCUCGUCCCAUAUGAUGUCCGGAGCUUUGGCUGGAGCAAUUGCAGCCGCGGCUACUACGCCUCUAGACGUCUGCAAGACCCUGCUCAACACCCAGGAGUCUCUCACCCUCCACUCCCUGUCUCCCAGCCAAGGCCCCGGACAGGGCCAAGGCCAAGGAGCCCACAGACAAAUCUCAGGCCUUGCCCACGCCUUCCGGACUGUUUAUAGGCUGGGCGGCCUGCCGGGCUUCUUCAAGGGAGUCCAGGCGAGGAUCAUCUACCAGAUGCCCUCCACAGCCAUCAGCUGGUCGGUCUAUGAGUUCUUCAAGUAUGGACUCACCAAGCACCAGAACGACAAGAGGAGAUCGCAGUAGAAGGAGGCUGAGAUUUAAAUAUCUCCUUGAGUUAAUCUCCUAUGAUAUUGUUCUGCCCUCUCUCUGAGGACAAGAUCAUGUCCAUACGCACAUCGAAUCUGACUAAAAUCCACCUCAGUUGUCCCAUACUUAAACAUAGCAUAAGUACAAUUUCUGCUACGCUUUUUCAACACCAGGUAUGGUUUACGUUUUGUUUAUUCUGUCCUUCAGUAGAAAACACUUUCACAAUAUUUUUUUAAGCCAUUCUAAAGACCUCUUUGCUUGUCUAAGCUGAGGAUUAAUGUCAAGAACGCACAAGUUUAUGUGUUGGAAUGGUAGUCAGCAGAGGGCAGUAGUGUUAACUCUUUUAGUUCCAUAAAGUUUGCUGUCCAGCAACCAGGUUUUUAUUUUUGAGUAAGUCUUGAGUUGGCUAAUAAAAAUGAUAUCCAGACCCUUUUCUGACAAUAAUCAAACACGGGAUAAGUUCACUUUCUAGUUUGGGCAACACUCAGGCUUUCAGUCCUUUUUAUCGAAGUAUUUUUGAUUUGAUCUCAUUUAAACGUUUUUCAGCCUAUAAGAAUACAAAACAAAUUGCCCCUUGUCGACAACAUGUUCUUACACACAUUAUUUUCCGGAUCAGUACCCCAAAAUCUUUCGAGAAAAGUAAUGUAGCCCUGCAAACUUGGCAACUCUAGGCCAAGAGCAAAAUGAUUUUGUAUAUCUUGAUCAAUUUAAGUCAUUUAUGGUUUAUCAUCGUAACCAAAGACCAGAUUUUGGGUUCCCUUUUUCUUUUUUUUCUUUUUUCCCCUGCUUUUUCAAAUUUCCAAAUGUUCCCUUUGAUAUAAUUUGACAGAAUCGUAUAUAUACACAACAAACAUCCCAUCGUUUUGAGGUAGUUGCAGAGUGCAUUUAGAUUAUUUUAAUUUUGUUUCUUUAUUUGGUAUUUUAAUUUCGAGCAAAUAUUACUUUAAACUUUCCCUUUUAUUUUAUUUCCACAUUUAAAUGGUAAAUCAACCUUUGGAUCCCCGAAGUUCUCACCAUUUAUGCCUUGUGUACGUGUUUGGCAGACCAUGGCAGCAUUGAGAAGGCCAAUUCUGUGCAUUACCUGUAGCUAUCAGUUUGUGAACUACUGAGUUUCCAUAUCUGUGCUUGACAGCAAAGGUUGUGUACAUUGUACUGUGCCCACAAGAAAUCAGUAUCCCCCCCCCCAUUGAGUACACAUAAAUGGAAACUGUCAUCCUUAUUAAUUGAUGUCUCAUUGUUACCGACACUGAAUUGCACUCGUUGAAUAAAGACUGAGCAGUGGGGCUCUACUCACUGCUCAUAAAUGAUGGGA